UCUCAGCUCCUCCAGAUUUUGUAGAAGUAAGGGGCGUGUGGUAGGAGAACACUUGAAAUAUACAGAGGAGAUCGAUCAAGUAACCAUAUUCAGUGUAACCUUAAAAUUCAGCCAAGGCAGGGGAGAUAUUUGAAGAAAGGACAAGAAUCUUAGUUGAUCAUUUGGGGGAUAAGGAGACAGUAGUGCUGGACGAGAAUGUGGGUGUUUGGUUCGUAGAACCUAGUGCACGAGAGGAUAUAGGCUUCAAAGUUGUGAAUGGUCUGGAGCUUGGGAAGGCUGGUUAGCAGGGCAUUGGAUAUGUUCAAUCUGGAGAAAGGAGUGGAUGAGGGAUUUGGCUUCUUUGGAAUAGUGAUGGAAGCAGGCAAUGAUGCACAGAUGGAGGAUAGCCUACAAUUCCAGCAUGAUGCCAUGGAAAUUUCUAUUACCGGCUUGACUGAAGCAUGUGAAAGAAAUCAGGAUAAAGGACCUAUUACACCUGAGAGUGGUACAAUAAUCCCAGUCCAUAUUGAAGUGAAGGUAGAAGAACCUGAAGAAACUGAAGCAGAGAGUGUGCUAAAGGACGAUUCAGACCAGAAUCAAUUUGAAGAUGGAAGUAUCGAGUCGGCAUCUGUUGCUUUGGAUCCUUUGGAAAAGGAAUGGCUGAAGUGUGCAGCAAGUGGACAGUUAGCAGCUUUGACUGAUCUUCUCAGUCAGGAUCCAUCUCUGGCGGUGAAAAAGGACUUCACCUCUGGGUUUACUGCAUUACAUUGGGCAGCUAAACAUGGCAAAGAGGACAUGGCGCUCCUGUUAAUAAUGGCUGGUGUCGAUAUCAACAGCAGAGCACAUGGUUACACACCACUACAUAUAGCAGCCCUUCAUUCCCAUACACACAUCAUGGACAUUUUAAUCAAUAACUAUGGUGCCAAAACAAAUGUGAGAGACUAUAGUGGACGAUUUGCAGCUCACUAUCUGAAAGACCAGGAUGGGUCUAGUGGUUCCUCAAACAUCUCUUCCCAAUUCCAGCAGUCUCGGGGAGAACGACGAAAUCGAAAACUGACUGGCCUCUUUAUGACAAAGAGUUGUGGAAGCAGUAAGAAGUGGGGUUCAGCAGAGAACUUGGCAACCGCUGAAAUGGAAACCUCCCAAUAUUUGAUCGUGCCAAGUACAUACAAAGCUACGCGCAAGUUCUCCCGAUAAACUAGCCCUGCUGGCUUCGUUCUGUGUGAUAUCGUGACCAAUCCCAUUUACAAGAUGUCAGUUUGGGAUCUUGAAUAUUAGUAAUGAGAACUUAACCAGUAAGACAACAUGUCAUAGCAACUGAAUUAUUUAGAGCCCAGUUUUGCCAUUGUGUACAGCGAUUUCCUAAAGUGCAGAAUUCCUUUACGUGCAUUUUGUCUUCUUCCCCCUCCAUCCAUCAAAAGUCAGGUGCAAGAAGUGGGUUGAGUUGAGGUGAGCAUUUGUACAGUCCAUUUUUGCCCUUUUCUUAUCCAGCCAAACCCACAGUGUACAGCUGCUUAAGAUAUGCUGACUGAAAGCACCUUCUAUUUAAAACUGUUCCAACAAAGAGGCGAGGUUCUUUAAAAUUUCAAGCUGAUUGGUCUCUUGGUUUUAGAUUUUAAACAUUUCUUGUGAGGACGACCAAGUAUUUGAAAAGCAGAGGGCUAAGGGAAGACGAUUGGAAAGGGAAAAUAAAAUACAGGUGAGCAUCUUAGUAAAGAUACAGUGAAAUUGGCUUCAUUCCCCAUCAUGGAUCGUUGUCUGGCCUGAAUGAUACCUGAAGACAGGAACUUCAAAAGUGCAACAUGUCUUCUAUCCAAUUCUGGUACUAUGGAUAGGUUAGUUUGUAAUUUUCUUAGUCUGAUUGUUUUUUGCCAAAUAGUUUAAUGAAUGAACAUUAGCAAUUGACCUCAAAGCCUCUCUCACAAGAUGGUAAACUUAGGGAUAGCAGGAUACCCUUGCGUUUUAAAUUAAACGAUCAGGCUAGGUGAAAACAAACUUGUUUGAUCAGGUACUCGGGUGUCAAAUUCCCCAUGUUCUGCUUCUCAACAGACACCAAAUGCUGACUGAAGUGGCUUUGUCCACAAUAAGAAGAGACAGCACAGCAGCUAUGUUUCAGGGCUGCUCAGCUUGAUAAUAUUAGAAGUUUUUUUUUAAAUUCUGGUUAAUGUUCAAGAGUCCAGAAACCCUGCAGUGACUAACAGGUAGUGAUGACAAGUCACACUUGAAAUGUUCUGCCUAAUAAAAGUACAUUUUAAAAAAUGCAAAUUAACAUAUCAGCUUGCCCUCUGUAGUCUAUACUGAACAAUAUGAGAAUGUGGGAAGUGAUUCAAACCUGCUAUGGCAUUGGAAAGAAAACUCAACUGCCAUUAAACUUGGUUAGCAAACUUAAAAUCGUACCUGCGAGACAGUUGAUGACUCAGUGGAACUUGGAGAUUGCUCUGCUUCAGCAGCAAACUUCCCUUGGCAGGGGACAAGUUGGCAAUCCAGGAUUUACAUUUCUUCCAAUUUCUAUUCCCUGUGUGAAAAUGGUAUUGAAAAGAGAAAUAUAAACUCUAGGCAGCUCUUACACACCUUCCAGUGACCAGAUUGGAAUAUUGAGAAAAAGGUUUUAAUCCGCUACAUGCGGAGUCCUGCAGCUCAGUAGUUAAAGCAUUUACCUCGCA